GCGAAAUGUUGAUAACACCGCAUAAUUUUGAUAACAUAUUUCCAUCGUCUAGCAAUCUGUUUCGAAUUUGAUGAGGAACAUCGAACCCAUCGGAUUUUUCAUCUGAUCGAUAAUCUAGUUUUUCGAGGAACACGGUAUGUCAGGAGUUUGGUAGACAAUAUAGAUACAGAAUUAAACAUAACAUUUCGCAAAUCAGUUAAAAAAUACACUUUCAGGAGUUGAAUAGGCAACAUUAUAUAGACAAUUGGGAACCACUGAGUAUUCUCAUCAAAUAUUACCAUUGGUACAUAUGUGAUAACUGAUAAUAGUGAUUAUAUUACAGCCAAAUCAAUGCCAGUUAAGGUUAUGAAUUAUAUAAUUAUUAUAAAAAAAAUUAAUUUUAAAUUUAGGAUUUUUAAUUAUAGUUAUUGUAAAUAGUUAAACAUUUUAAGACUGAUAGACCGGAAUUGGCACCAAGUGAGAUAUCUUUAUUUUUUAAUUUUGUAAAAUAUUUUUUUUUAAUUUAGACUCUGGUUUUUUAAUUUAUAUUAGGUGAGUAUAGUUUAUUUUAACUAACAUGGGAGCAGCUGGAUCACAUUUAACUCGAUAUAUCAGAAGAUUUAAUGUAAUCAAUCGAACCGAACGAAUAAUAAACGAAGAAAAACCUAAGGUUGCUCCAUUGUAUAAAGUAGACGCUGAACGUCUAAAAAAGCUUAUGGAAGGUAAUUUUAGUUUAAAAUGCAAAGUAAGAAUACCCAAUAAUCGACAUUGAUUUCAGAUAAUCCUGGACUCAUAGAAGAGCUAAAAAAUAAAAAUUCAACUCUUGAGAAGAAUCUACAAAGUGUUUAUGUAAAAUCUAAAGGUGAUGUUAGUAUUAUACAAUUUUUUUUUAUAUAAAUGCAGUUUACUUGUCACACUUUUUAAAUGUUAUGUACCAGGUGAUCAAUUUAAGUGGAUACGCUCAUUAUAUUGGAGAGUAUUAACUUUUUCUAGAAUUUUUUUUUACAAUAUUUAAAAAAAAAACCUGUUCUACAAUUUUAUAUUCAUAUUAUUUUUUGUCACAUUUAUUUUUGGGGAUAAAACCACUAUCUACUUUAGAUUUUCAAACAGCAACCUAUAAUAAAAAGUACAUAAAUAAAUUGAGUAUUAGUUAAAAUAAAUUUUAGUUUCAACAUUUUUGAUUUUUGUCAAGCCGUUGAUGAGAUAUUCCGCUUUUAAGUUUGGGUUGGAGGAAAGUAGUAGAGUAUAAUUUGUGAGGCCGUAUGGCGUGCUGUGUAUCAAUAAUGCACCACUACUCCUUCAACCUAAAUUUAAAAGUAGAAUACCUCAUCAAUGGCUUGACAGAAAUCAAAAAUAUUAAUACUAAAAUUUAUUUCAACUAAUACUCCAUCUAUUUAUGGAAUUUUUAAAAUAGGUUGCUGUUCGAAAAUCUAAAGUAGAUAGUGGAUUUAUCCUCCACAAAAAGGGUAACAAAAAAUAAUGUAAAUAUAAAAUUGUAGAGCAGCUGGUUUCUUAAAUGUUCUAGAAAAAGUCUAUAUUUUUUGAGAUAUUGAAUGUACUUAAAUGAAUCACCUGGUACAGUAAUUCAAAAUUAGCAAAUUGAUUAACGUUUCACUGCACAAACUGCUGUUUUUACUGUGCUAAUCAAUGUACAUUUUUAGGGUUGUGUGAGUUAUAGACUUUGAAACAAAUUUUGAGUUUAGUUCAAAUAUUCAAUUCGAUUAAGGUUGUUUUUUUUUACUUGUAAACAUGAGUACUCAAUUUGAAUCUUGUAUUCGAUUUUACAAAUUUUUUGUGUAUUAUGAUACAGUAUCAAGUAUCAUUCUCAUAGUUAUCUAACAAUAAUUGUAAACAUUAAAUUUUAGCUCUCAAAUUUGAUUUAAAUUUCAAAUAAUUAUUUAUAGUAAAAAAAAAAUAAAAAUUGUGGUUUGUAAUAAAAAACUAAGUGUUGAGAAAAUGGCAUUAAUUGUUUUAUGUUGUAACAUUAUAUAGUUAAUAGUACAUUUUCUUUUAUAGUUACCAAACAAUCAAUCAAAAGCCAAGCUACCACAAAAUCGAGAACAGGUAUUUAAUUUUGGUUUUUUGGUUGAAGAUCCAGAGAGUGUGCCUCCUGGACGGUACACACUUACACAAAUUACUGAAUGUAUAGCUGAUCAUUAUAAAGAUAAACAAAUUUAUACUGCAGAAAUUUUGGCUAAACGAGUUAAAAUUGAUGUCAAAUUAAUGGGUAUGCAAUAUAAAAUAUAUUUUAUUGAAUUUGUACUUAAGGUAAACCACCAGUAAAUGGCACCAUAUCAAUGUAUGCCACUGGUUUAAGUAUAAUGUGUAGAUAUAUAAAUAUUAAUCUUAAAAAAUAGUAAAUUUUAAAUCUCACAACUAGACCUAACAAUUUAAGGUAUAAUAAUACCAAUCAUGUUUUUAUCUAUAAGUAUAUUAAAUUGGUGCAUAGAUUUGUAUACAUUUAUUAUUAUAUUUGUAAUGUUAAAUUAUUUGAAUAAUAAAAAUAAAAUUAACUUUCAAUAUCACAUAUGCAAAAAUUUAGGAAGAAUUAAAUGUAACAGCCCUGAUAAGAAAUAUGAAGUUUUCAAAAUAAAAUAUAUUUUUAAUUUUAUAAUUUAAAUAUAAUUAUUUAUCAAACAAAUUACAAUUAUAUACUAACACUAUAUGUUUUAAUGUUGUACAAUGCGUACAAUUAUGUGAUAUCUACAUCAAUUUUAAUAUAUUUGUAUUUAUAUUAUUCUUUUUACAGAAAAUAUAUUAAAAUACUAUAGGAUAUUUGAUAUGCAUAUACCGCCAAAGAUGUUGAAAAAAAAUGAAGAAUUUUCUAUUGGCAGCACUAUAGAUAAAAUUAGAACUUCUUUUGAAAUAGAUAAAUACACUGAAGAACAAAAAAAAAUUGGUAAAAAUUAAUACUCAGAGAUAAUUAGUAGUUAAAUAUUAUAUGUUAAAAAUGUUACAAUAUAUUGUCUUUAAUGUUGAAACUGUUCAGUUAUUUUGCAGUUAUAUAGUAUUAACAGUAUUUUAUAAUAAUAUGAAUUGUUUAAAGAAACAAUAAAACAAACACAAAAUGUAUUGUACAACUCAAAUGACUGGUAUUAUGUUUAUUAAUUAUUAACUAAUCAAAGCCAUAUUAUUUUUAAAUUAAUAAUUAAUAAUGUUAUGUAAUAAGACUGUAAAUAAUUUUUUUAAUUACAAUAUCAUAGUAAUAGAUUGUACAUCAAAUAAUAAAUUUAUUAAAACUAAGUAUAGGUACCUUAAUAAAUAAGUUUUCAAAUUUAAACAAAUUUAAUCAUAGUUUAUUAUUUUAAAUUUCACUAAAAAAAGUUUUAUUGAAAUUAUCUAUUAAUUUAAAACAUCAAAAUUGGUAAAAAAAACAUUAUACAAGUUAAUG